UAUUCCGCAAGUUUCUUUGGAUUGUAUGCAUGAUUUCGGCCAACUUGCAGCGUGAGCAGUUUGUCGUCUUCCUCAGCCAGGCGCAGUCGUUGACAACCUUCCGUUACCACGAUGGUUCGAGACACCGCACGGCACCCGCGAGCGGGUCGCCAGUUCGCCCCGAUGCCGACGCCCGAGGCUGCUGGCCACGUACAAGAUGUGGUGCUGUCGGGGCGGCAGAGCGUCCAACAGUGCCAGCAGUGUUCGAGAGCCACACUGGCAAGACAUCGGGCAUUUGCAUCGUUCUUAAGCAGGCGCAGCAGGCGCGGCGCGUGGUGGAACGAUUGCAGCAAGCGGCGUCUGGCAGCAGACUUUGGCACGCCUACCGAUCAGACUUUAGCAGCAGCAGCAGCAAGCUGCCGCGCACACGUGCACGUGAAGGUUUUGCGCAUGACCCUUCUGGCAGUCCUGACUUCAAGCCAUUCCAACAUCUCGGGCUGAGGCCAGACGGAGGCCUGAAGUUUCUGGCAAUGGCGCAGCACGGGGGUGGUUGGCCGGCCUGGCCCAAGUUCAUCAAAGUGGCGUUUGGCUACGUGGUAUUAUUGGUCAACGUCAGCAUCUUGUUGCGUUGCGCCAGCGUUGCACGACAGGACAUUUCCGCACACGGAAUCUGGAGCCAGCCUGGAGAGUUGUCGCAGAAGGUUCCCCAUGAGAGGUGGCCGCGGCCCCGGCGUCGGUGGCCACAUAACGACGGUGAGGCGAACGAAGGGGUUCAGCGAAAGGUGGAUUUUCGCCAGGUGCAGGUUGGUUUCUUGCCGCCGGUGUGGCGGCAGGCUGUCGUGUCCGUUUACGAGAUCGGUGGGUUAGCCUAUUAUUUCAUGCGGCUACUGGUUGCCGCCUGGCGUGCAUGCAGGACGCACGGCGGGCAGUGGGAGGACCUUUACAAUUCUUGGGAGGCGACCGUGUAUAUCUACUGGGAUCUAAUCCCAUCCGUUCGCACAUUCAGUGCCCUGCGCGCGCUGAAGCACGUGCACCCGCAGCUUUUCCCCGCGGAGCUUCGGUCGGCCCACUUGAAGUACAGCAUGCGACUGCGGUCCUGCAGGCAGAGGUUCGCGAUGAUAUCGCUGUUCGUCAUCAAGCGGAUCGUUAUUCUCUGGUUCGGCCUUCAGGCUUUCAUGCACAAAUUCACCCAGACAGCAGCCCAGCUUGAGAUGAACGAAGGUCGCCCGCUCACGCAGAUGUUCUUGGGCAUUGUAUUUCUGAAUCAGCUUGUGGGUGGGGUGGUUCAAAUGGAUAUUCAGUUCCGUAACAGGCUCAUGCUCUUCCUUUUCGGUGGUGAGGACGCCAAGGUCGAGCCAGAGGAAGAUGCUUUGCUCAAUGUGUGGGUCGCCCACGUAGCCAACGCUCUCUGGCAAAGAGCUUUCUGCCUGAACGAUGAUGCCGCCCUAGAUCCGGUCGCCAUAUCCACCUUCAAAGGGGCGACCCCCAAGGAACGAAGAAUGACUGCCUUGGAGAGGCUACUUUGCUGGAUACGGUGGGUGGUUGCUAUCUCCGAUUUUAACCACAUAGAUCUGCAAAAGGCUGUCCUCUGUGAAGGCGAAGAGCAUCGGCAGAGGCGCAAUGAAAUCUUGGGUAGUCGAAGCAUCGACCAUAACGCCAUCAGUUUUCUGGACUAGGUUCACGAAGUGCGCGCGGUUAGAUGACUGGUCUUCUCCGUAGCGUGCGUGCGGUCGGCGAUCCCGUCGAGCAUCUCAGUCGUGCAUUGGCCGCGUCUUGCUCUUUACGCUUCACAAGAAGGUAGUAUGCAGGCCACCUCGGAGUCCACCUUCGAAGGGAAAUAAUAGUCGUCAUCACUACAAUGUUCGAGCGAUCGUCACCACCAUCACGACAGGCAUCGAUACCCUCACUCUAGUCACCGUCACUAUCAUAUUACCUUAGCGUGAAUUAUGUUGCGAGUGGUGGAGGCCGCGGAGCUGUUUGCCUUUUCAAGCGCUGAAAGGGUCUCACGAUACACCUUGAGCCGCCAUCACCAAGAUCUCCUGGGCGGCCUCCUCAACUUGGUUUGUGUGGUCGGCCACGGUCCACUGCCCCGACGGCAUCUGCUCACCAGCGCACGGCAUCGUGCGCCGGCGGCAUCCCAGGCAAGAGAUUUGCGCAACGCCGUGCCACGCGGAAGACGAUACAAGUCAUGCAAAAAGGUAUGGUCCCAAGCACCGUUAGAUAUUGAGGAGGAGGAGGAGUUCAGCUGCCCCAUGCGGUUUUACCUUCAUGCCUGGUUUUGUGCGUGCGAGAAAAUUCGUUUCAUGCACUCGCGCGUUCAUUGAUCGCAUUUACCUAACAGGGCGUCGAGAGCCAGAUCCUGAGCGAAGCAUCUUUGCAGCGGAGAGCGCUUACAUUUUCUGACUUGCUUGAUACCAUACAUUUUGUUGGACGUCCUCCAUCUUGCAUGGCGUGCGAUGUCCCGGUGCGCCGGUGCAGCCGCAGAUUCUUGCGUUUCUUCCAGCCGCAGAUUCAGCGUUUUAUUUCUCUCGGUUGGUCUCGAUGAGUUUUCGAGCGAUGAUAUGUGAUCUGAGUUGCCUCGAUACGCCCGUUUUGAUACGCAAUACGUCCCGUGAUCAAGACGUCCGUGUCAAUAAGUUGCGUGUUGUUCCACGUUUUGGACCACAUUUUGGCGAGUGUAUCGCGUCGGACCUACGUUUUCAGCCUACGUGUUGAGCUCCGUAUCAAUACGCUAUGUGUUGCGUUAGUGUGUACGAGCAUUGAGCUUACGCAGCGGCCACAGCCGUUCCACGAUGCUGAAUUUCGGGCGUAGCCCGAAGUUAGUUUUCGAAUUCGUUUCUGGAGGUGCGACCAACUGAAUAAUUGAUUGGCCACGCACGCUAGCAAGCUGGUUGAAGCUUGGGUGGCAGAGGGCGUAACCUACUUCCGCAGGCAGGAUGAUUAUCAUCGUCAGUCCUUGAUGCAUGUACGCCCGAUAUGGUAGUGGGAGCCUCUACACCGCAA